GAUGCAUUGCCCAAGGUGUCUCCAAACAGGAGGAAUACUACCAAACGAUGGACAUUUGCGAUAAACCACCCAACAGAACCACAGUGCAGACAGACAGUGCAGACAGAGACAGACAGUGCACAGUGCAGACAGUGCGGGAGCGGACAGCAGCUGAAUUUCCGAGAGGAGGACAAAGAUAACGCCGACGCCAUGUCAGACAAACCCAACCUGGUGGAAAUCAAAGGUUUUGAUAGGACUAAACUCAAGAAGAUAGAAACCAAAGAGAAAAACCCUUUGCCAACAAAAGAGACCAUCGAACAGGAAAAAAGACAGGAAUCGGCUUCCUGAACGCGAGAUGGGGGGAAAAGAACGAAGAUGCAGCUUUAUUUGUUUUAAGAUGACUGGUUUUGAUUUUGUUCCAAAGCCCCCACUGCCAACUGACUUCAGUGAAUGGGACUCCGCUGUAAAAUCCUCUCCCAAAAGGGGAAACCACUCCCUGCCCUCCAACAAGGGACCAGCGGCUCAGUCAUACAAUGGUGUUCGGACCACAUACAUUGAUUGAUAGCAAAAGAUGUAUCCACCCAUUAAAUAUGUAAAGUCAGUUGUAUUUUAUUUGUGUAUUGAAUUCUGUCUCUCCACGGACAUUUUGCUCGACAUGUUGCAAAAAUAAAUUAAAAAAAAAAAACACUGAAACAAA